AACAAUAUUACGCGCUGCUUAGAACAAGAAGCGCGUAAGAGAAGAGUGACUACUCCGUAACAGUCCAGAAUAAUCCUUUGUACUGGAUAAGAACCAUCAACCUCGUAUUCCGAUCGUCACACAGUUUGUGCAUCUCAAUUCUCAACAUUCUCAGUUCACCUGCAAGCAAAACGCCAUGUCGCUUAUUAUAGCAGUCCACGUCCACUCCUCACAUGUCGUUUCCGCACCCGAUCUCCUUUAAACGACACCUAAGACUCCCCAAACACGCGUGGUGAAAAGCCUCCACCCUGAAAAAAAAUUCCGAAAGAAAGAGACACCCCUAAAGAUCUGGUCUCGGCUUCUCACCUUUCCUUCAAAAAUCUCAUGUAUUUCACUCCAAUCGCUGUUCUCUUAACUUUUCCCUCUCUAGCUCUUUCUCAGAAAAUCGACAAAUUCAGAUUCAAACUCAAGUUUUGAGGCUGAUUCAGAUUCUGGGCGUGUGGAAUUCAUAAAGUCAGGUUCAAGAUAAAGUUUUAGCUCAAUUCAUAUUCUGGGUGUGUGAAAUUGGGGAGAAAAGAAUUCAAAUUUGGGGGUGCAAAGUGGUUUAAUUUGAUUAGGUGUGUGUUAGUUAACAUGGGUGCUAGUUUUUCCAUUCUGGGUAUAUGCAAUUGAAAAAUUCAGGUUCCAUAUCUAGUUUUGAGUUCAAUUCAUAUUCUGGGGGUGUGAAAUUUAGAGAAAAGAAUUCAACUUCGGGGGUGCAAAGUGAUUUAAUUUGGUUAGGUGUGUGUUAAGUGUUAACAUGGGUGCUAGUUUUUCCUCUUGUGUUUGUGAUGGGGAUGGUACCCCUUUGAGACCAAGGCUUGGGGACAUACCCGAGAGCUGUGUGGCAUUGGUGUUGAUGUAUUUGGACCCACCGGAUAUUUGUAAGCUUGCACGAUUGAACAGGGUGUUUCGUGAUGCUUCGUCGGCGGAUUUCAUUUGGGAAUCGAAGUUGCCUUUGAACUAUAAGUUCAUUGUGGAGAAAGCUUUGAAGGAUGUUUCUGUGGAAGAAUUGGGGAAGAGGGAUAUUUAUGCUAGACUCUGCAGGCCUAAUUCGUUUGACAAUGGGACCAAGGAAAUUUGGCUGGAUAAGAGGACAGGUGGGGUGUGUUUGGCGAUUUCAUCCCAAGCAUUGAGGAUUACAGGGAUAGAUGAUCGGAGAUAUUGGAGUCGCAUUUCAACUGAAGAGUCAAGAUUCCACACAGUUGCUUAUCUUCAACAAAUUUGGUGGCUUGAAGUGGAAGAUGAUGUUGAUUUUCAAUUUCCACCUGGGAAAUACAGUGUGUUUUUUAGACUCCAGCUUGGCAGGUCAUCCAAGAGAUUGGGUCGUCGUGUUUGUAAGACGGACGACAUUCAUGGCUGGGAUAUAAAACCUGUAAAAUUUCAGCUAACAACUUCUGAUGGUCAACGUGCUGUAUCCCAAAGUCAUUUGGAUAAUCCCGGGCACUGGGUUCUCUACCAUGCAGGAAACUUUGUUUCCAAGAGUCCUAAUGAUCUGAUGAAGAUCAAAUUUUCAUUGACUCAAAUUGAUUGCACGCAUACCAAAGGCGGUUUGUGUGUAGAUUCUGUAUUUAUAUGUAAUAGUGAUCUAAAAAAAGAGGUGUAGGUUUGGUUUUGUAGGAAGGAAAUCUGUAUAUAGUGGAAAUGAGCUGAGGCACCUGAGUCCUGAGUUGACUUUUGUCAUUUGGGUUACAGGGGGGAGUUAAGUAGAGUUGAUUCUUCCAAAUAUGCCCCAACAACACUCCCCUUUAGAUUUUUUUGUUUCUUUGAUAUUCAUAGUCCCUUUAGAUGUUUUGUUUCUUCAACAGGACAACGUUUUAAGAGGUUGCACAGAAAUUUACACCCUUUUUGGGCAUAAUAUUUGUGUGAUUUAUGUAUAUUUCCUCUUUUGAUGGUACUGGGAAUUGAUUGAUGUUGUUUUCUCAAGUAA